CCAUAAAUUGGAGAGGGGUUACAUCGUAUCUGCACGGGCCCAAUCACAGUUUUGGAGAGAAGACGGGAGAAUCUUUAGAAGAGGGGCCUCCGGUGCACGUGUCUUGUAGUAGAUACGAUUUUGUUUGAUCUUUGCGGUUAAUAUUUAGAUAAGAGGGACAUUUUGGGAGGGGAAAGUGUGGCCAAUUGAGGCAACAAUGGAUGCUUCUCCAAAUCCCCAGACAAAGACAGUUGGAAACAUCCAGUCUCCGUCAGCAGCCAACUUGGCCACGUUGCAGUCCUACAGGCCGCUGGUGAACGAUGUUUACGCACCACCCUCCUUGGGCUUUACACAGGGAUCCAGCAGCAGCCAGGUGCCCCAGAGUAAGUAUUCAGAGCUGCUGGCCAUCAUCGAGGAGCUGGGGAAGGAGAUCCGGCCCACCUACGCCGGCAGCAAGAGCGCCAUGGAGAGAAUAAAACGAGGUAUCAUCCAUGCCAGGGGACUGGUGCGGGAGUGCUUGGCAGAGACUGAGAGAAACGCCAGGUCCUAACUACAGAAGCACUACCCUCUCCUGUAGAAGAACCCACACUCUCACUCACCAUGUAAAAGACAACUGCAUGGCACAUCCUCUAAAAAGAGGAAUGGAAAACAAAAUAAGGGAUGGUUGAAAAAGUCACAAAUGUUUCUGGAAGGUUGAAAUGUGAGAAAGGGGACACUAGAAUAUAAUUCAGAAUUCAAAUGAUUUGUUUUUUCUUCAUGCCCCAUUUUGGGUCACAGUUUCCUGACUUCAUAUUUAAAAUGAAUAGUAAUUUUUGCAUGCAAACCUAUGGGUCCACCAUGGCCUUUGGUUAAUUGUAGACAUUGCAUGGCAUGUACUGGAUUAGACUAGGAGAGAAACUCUUUUUGAUAGCUAUUGGUCUGAAUUCCAGACCCUUAAUUGUUGAACAAGUGAAGGACAGAAAAGUGCCAAAUACAUUGGUUCAUUCAUGUUGAGGUUCUUUUUUGGGAUUAAUAAUAAAUGCUGUUACUUGCAUCUUUGUAUGUAUUUAUUACUUGUGUAAUAAAAUGUAUUUUCAAUACAAAAGUAA